CCCUUCUUUCUUCCCCAACAAACAAGGAACAAAAAAAAAAAAAAAAGAAUCAACCAUGGCAACUCUCACCAUAUCCCUACUUCUCAUGUUCCUCUUCUCUACCUUAUCCUAUGCAUCCGACAUGUCCAUCAUAACCUACGACAACCAUAUUCAUCGUCGGACUGACGAUGAAGUCGUAGCGUUGUACGAGUCGUGGCUAAUCCAACACGACAAAUCCUACAACGCGUUAGACGAAAAGGACAAGCGGUUUGAGAUUUUUAAGGAUAACUUGAAGUACAUAGAUGAACAGAAUUCUGUACCUAAUAAGAGUUAUAAGCUAGGAUUGACUAAGUUUGCUGACUUGACUAAUGAGGAGUAUAGGUCGAUGUACUUAGGUACUAAGGGUUCUGGUGAUCGCCGGAGGUUGAAUAGGAAUAAAAGUGAUAGGUAUGUUCCUAAAGUUGGAGAUAACUUGCCUGAAUCAGUUGAUUGGAGAGAAAAAGGUGUUCUUGUUGGUGUUAAAGAUCAAGGAAGCUGUGGGAGUUGUUGGGCAUUCUCUGCCAUUGCUUCUGUUGAAGCAGUAAACGCGAUAGUAACUGGUGACGCGAUAUCACUAUCGGAGCAAGAGCUGGUGGAUUGUGAUACUUCCUAUAAUGAAGGUUGCAAUGGCGGUCUUAUGGACUAUGCCUUUGAUUUCAUUAUCAAAAAUGGAGGAAUUGAUACUGAAGAAGAUUACCCUUACACUGCCCGUGAUGGUAGAUGCGACCAAUCAAGGAAAAAUGCCAAGGUUGUUACGAUAGAUGGAUAUGAAGAUGUUCCUGUUAAUGAUGAAAAGGCACUGCAAAAGGCUGUUGCAAAUCAACCUGUGAGCAUUGCUAUUGAAGCUGGUGGCAGAGACUUCCAGCACUACAAAUCGGGUAUCUUUACUGGAAAGUGUGGUACUGCAGUGGACCAUGGUGUGGUUGCUGCUGGAUAUGGUACAGAGAACGGUAUGGAUUAUUGGAUUAUCAGGAACUCGUGGGGCGCUAACUGGGGAGAGAAAGGCUACCUCAGAGUCCAACGUAACGUUGCCAGCUCUAAAGGCUUGUGUGGAUUAGCCAUAGAGCCUUCCUAUCCAGUAAAGACAGGCCAAAAUCCUCCUAACCCCGGUCCAUCUCCUCCAUCUCCCGUAAAGCCACCCACAACCUGUGAUAAAUAUUCUCAAUGCCCCGAGGCCACCACUUGCUGUUGUGUCUUUGAGUACUAUAACCAAUGCUUCUCUUGGGGAUGCUGCCCGCUUGAAGGAGCUACGUGUUGUGAAGACCACUAUAGUUGCUGCCCACACGACUAUCCUGUCUGCAACGUCCGUGCAGGAACUUGCUCAAUUAGUAAGGGCAAUCCACUGGGAGUGAAGGCAAUGAAGCACAUUCUUGCAGAACCAAUCGGGGCCUUCGGAAAAGAAGGAAGGAAGAGCAGUUCUUGAAAUUUUACGAGCACCAAUACUGGGUAUGAGGUGAGAGAGCCAGAGCCAACAAAGGAUGUAAAAAUUAUGCUGGUGCUUGGCUUGACGACAUUGAUUUGCAGACCUCAUUUCCAACAGAAAGGUGUAGAAAUAGAUAAAUGCAUUAUCAAGAUUAAAAGAUGUUGAUUAAUGAUUUGUAGAUAUUGCUUCUUCAUUGAUGGCACCGCAACUAGGGAAAGAUUAAAGAAGGAUUAUUGUUCUACUUUGUCUAAUUAUUAUGUAAAUAGUCCUUGUUUCUUAUCAUGAUGGCUCCGAGUAAUGCUUUUCAUUGGCUGUUUAUUCUUGUACUUGGUUUCAACAAUAAUAACAAAGACUAUUUCUUGUA